CGCAGCGCGCAACACACGGACUUUAAGACGAUGGAUGACAAACUCUGAAUUCAGCUACAAGUGAUCUUCAUGCCUGCUGGUCAUUUUGAACGUCAUAUUCUGACGCACUCAUAUUUUGUUCUUACAAAUAUACCUUAACAAUAUCUUUAUAUUGAUAUAAGCGCAAUGAUUUUGUUCGUUUACCAUUAACGGCGCAGUAUAUGUUUUAAGUUUGUAACUUUUUUAUUGCUAAAAACGCCUUUGAAAACAAUGGACUUAAAAUACUGUAAAGUACUACUUAUGACUCUCCUGACUGUUCGGGUUCGUAGUGACGUUGUAUCACCGUCAAAACAUCCAGGCCUGCAGGUGCUGGCCACAGCUUCACACUACUGGCCUCUGGAUUCAGUGGAAGGGAUCCACGGCCUCUCAGACCAGAUUGGGAACAGAACAGGUCAUGUUAAUGGGACUAAUAUAACUGUCAGAAUCCACAACCACACUGUCCUGACUACCCAUAAUUCUUCCUCUGUGUAUACCAAUGACUCUGCCUACACUAACAUUUCCGCCACUGUAGACAUUGUAGAAGGAAUGGUGAAUAAGGGUAUCUAUCUGAACGGUGAUAAUGGGGCCACUUUCCUUCACUUUGGCAACUAUAAAGACUCCUGCAUAAGUGAUCCUGCUUUGUGUGGACCUGCCGGGAUAACUUUCUCCUUCUUCUGGAAAAAUAAUGAAGUAGAUUCUCGUUUUGCGAUUGCAUCCGGAGGUAAAAUCAUCUCAAGCGGUUUCUCUGUCUACUCCAACCCUCAUGGCGGAUACGUGGAGUUCUACACGAGAGGAGACUCCAAGACAUGGAAAGCACAUAUUAAACUUCCAGGGCCCUACUGGACUCAUGUUCUCUUUACAUGGACCCAAACGGAGGGGUUAAAGGUCUACAUUAAUGGGACAUUCAGUGUCGGAGACCCCACAGGAAAUGUUUCUCUUAACUACGGCGAUCCCUAUGCUGACUUAGUCAUUGGCACAGGAAACACUGGGAAUUACAACCACUAUGCCACAGGGGCCUUCGAUGAGUUUGUGAUUUGGGAGAGGGCCUUGUCCCCUCAGGAUAUCUGGAUGUACUACAAAGCAGCCAUUGGUGAGAAUGUGAUGUCCACCUUCCCAACCGAAGCAUCCAUCAGUGUCACUGCUGCAGAUACUCAGUUAAAGAGAACCACAGAGAUGCCCCGACCUGCCUCCACAAACCUGACAGAGGAAGUUCAGAGACUUCAGGACCCCAUGCGGUUACAAACGCUAGACCUCCUUCAGUCAUUUAACCUUCCAAACAAGACUAUACCUCAGGAAACAGCCAACAAUCUUACACAGUCUCUACUGAAGAGCGUGGAUGAGGUCAUAACUGCCAGCGACUGGAGAGAAAACGAUGAGUGGAGUCCAGUGGUCAAUGGGCUGGUGGAAACGGUGGAUAAAGUGAUGGUGCAUAUGGCCUCCAAGCUUCGGUCCAGCCCAGACGCAGAGGCUCCUCUGGCCAUAGGGGGCAAGAGCUCUGUAGCGGGUCAGUACACACUCCAAAACACUUCUUCAAACUUCCAUUUCCAGAAUAUCAGUUCUUAG